CUUUAACUCAAACUGAACUGUGCUAAUAAUUAUUGUCUCCAAUUUGCUGCAUCCUUGUCAACAGAACUAGGUCGCUGGUAAUUACUCCGAGCUCAACUUCGGUUUUCACUACGCAUCGGUACGAUGGCUUCCCGGAGAAUCAAGCCGGGAUUAAAGGUGAAGCUGGAUGGACCGGGCAGCAGCAACAGUGCGGCGGACAGUACUGAUAAGAGUACGCCGAGAAACUUGGAUAAAAGAGGGACGCUGACCGUGGGUGAGCGAUCGUUCGUGGUGGAAGCGGAUCAUUUGCGCAAACUGGCCGACCUUGGUCGCGGGGCCUAUGGAAUCGUCGAAAAGAUGCUGCACCAACCAUCCGGCACAGUGAUGGCGGUAAAACGAAUUACGGUCACAAGCGGCAUUGGUGUAGCUGGUGGCGGUGGCGGCGGCGGCGUACAGUCGCAAGAGCAGAAGCGAUUGCUUAUGGAUCUAGACGUGUCGAUGCGCGCCAGCGACUGCCGGCACACAGUUCAGUUUUACGGUGCUCUGUUCCGCGAAGGUGAUGUCUGGAUUUGCAUGGAAGUGAUGGACACCAGCGUAGAUAAGUUUUAUCCCGUAGUGUACAAACGACCUGGCCGAACUAUUCCGGAAGCCAUUCUGGCACGCAUUGCGCUGGCAAUCGUUCGCGCUUUACAUUACUUACACACGGAGCUGCGAGUCAUUCACCGGGAUGUGAAGCCGUCGAAUGUUCUUAUGAAUCGUCACGGGGACGUGAAAAUGUGCGAUUUUGGCAUAUCUGGCUAUCUCGUCGACUCCGUGGCGAAAACGAUCGACGCAGGCUGCAAACCAUACAUGGCACCCGAGCGAAUUGAUCCGGCCAGCUGCAGCCGAACUGCCGGCUACGAUAUUAGGUCCGACGUUUGGUCGUUGGGUAUCACAAUGGUAGAGAUUGCAACAGGCCGCUUUCCCUACGCUACCUGGCGGACACCGUUCGAACAGCUGAAGCAGGUCGUUACGGAUGAGCCACCGCGACUGCCCAAAGUGACCACUGCCGGAAGCGAGCCGUUCUCAGCCGAAUUUCACAACUUCAUCGAUCAAUGCUUGAAGAAACAUUACCAAGAUCGUGCCAAUUACGAACAACUGCUCGCCAUGGACUUUGUGAAGCGUUACGACGACGACAACAUGAAUGGCGACACAAGUGAAAUGGCACGGUACAUAUGCAUGAUUCUGGACGAAACCGAUGCAAUAGCUGACAAUAGCGUUAGCCAACCCUAGUAAGGCUCACAAUUGGAUUUAUCGAUGAAUAAUCUAAAAAUAAAAAGGGGGUAACUGUUUUGAUUGCA